UUCUGCAACGUCACGGGGCAGGAAGGGCAUCGUCUUCAGCGGCACAACGAACAACACAACGCCUAUAUGUUCAUCGGAAACAGCACAUUAAGCAAGUCAACCUCAACUCAAAAGACAACAUGUCGUACGGCCAAGCGGAGAGCUACCGCUCUGUCCCACAGGACUUCAACACAGUCAUACAAACAUGCAGCACCAACAUCCAGAAGAUCACACAGAACACUGCACAGAUAAAGAGCAUGGUGAACCAGCUGGGGACCAGACAGGACACCAGUGAACUCCAGGAUCGCCUACAGCAGAUACAACACUCCACUAACCAUUUGGCAAAAGAAACCAACAAACACCUGAAAGAUUUGGGAUCAGUCCCCUUGCCCUCAUCAUCGUCGGAGCAGAGGCAGCAGAAGAUCCAGAGGGAGCGACUGAUGAACGACUUCUCCGCGGCUCUCAACAACUUCCAAUCAGUGCAGCGACGAGCGGCGGAGAGGGAGAAGGAGUCUGUAGCCAGAGCGAGGGCUGGGUCCCGUCUGUCGGCUGAAGACACCACUCGGGAUGAAAAGCUUGUGUCUUUCGAUAACCAAGAGGACUGGGGUCAGAUGACGACCCAGGCGGAGGAAGCGGCCAUCACAGAGGAGGACCUGGAGCUCAUCAGGGAGAGAGAGACCAACAUCAGACAGCUAGAGUCCGACAUCUUGGAUGUGAACCAGAUCUUCAAGGACCUGGCAGUGAUGAUCCACGAUCAGGGAGAAAUGAUCGAUAGCAUCGAGGCCAACGUGGAGAACGCUGAAGUUCACGUGGAGCGAGGGGCGGAGCAGCUACAGAGAGCCAGUUACUACCAGCAAAAGUCCCGCAAGAAGAUGUGCAUCCUCGCCAUGGUGUGUUCCGUUGUACUCGUCAUACUCGCCAUCAUCAUCUGGCAAGCUGCCAAAUGAGUGGACUCGGCCCGAGUGGUCUGUCGCCGCUACAUUUGACCCCUGCCCCCUCCCUCUCACCUGUGAGUCCCUGCAUUUAAAAUAAGCCGCCAGUGGCUGAUGACUUAGUGAAGGUCGGUGGAGUAGAUUUAUAAUGAGCUGCUCGGUGAGGAAAAAACGUUUUUGAGACCCGAUCAAAGCGUUUCUGUAAAAAAGAACUGGACAGUGAGAGGACGCAGGGCGGAGGUGAUGCAGGGGAGCAACGCAACACCUGAGAUUCCUUUAAUUUGCCUCCAUUCGUUUCUUGUCUUAUUUACUGCACUAACACUAGCUCUCACUGUAUAUCUAUAUGUUAUUGUAUAUAAAAAAAAAUGUUAUUGGGAUGAGCAAUAGGCUAAAUAAUAAUAAUAAUAAAAAAAAAAAUAGGUUUUCAAAGUAAAGUCAUGGUUUCAAGGGUUGUAAAUGAUCUUUUUUUUGUUACCUGUUGUUGUGGUGGUUGCCGGUGUAGAGCGUGUGGAGGGUCACAGGUCUUCACAGUAACACGUCAGGACUCGAUGACUCUGGUGGUGAAGGCUCAUGUGAUUGUACCAUGUAGUAAAAUGGAAACUCUAUAAAACAGAAAUCAAUUACUUUGUCUGUAAAUAUCCCAAAGUGCUGCGUUAUAUUCUGCUGAGAAUGUUCUGGAUGACAAAAAAAAAUCACAGUGUUUAAAAAAAGAGAAACUCUGAAACAGGAAAACAUAUUUAAAUGAAUUUCUAUGGCACCUGAUAGUAUGCACAAUAAAUGUUUUAAAGUCUUUUAA